AUGGAUGCAAUAGCGACGGAUAAAGAAAUCACCACCAAAAAUGAGGAGAAAAACGUAAACGGAAAUGAUCUUCUAAUGGGGUGGUCAAGUGUAAAAGAAAAUGAAGGAGAAGUAACAUAUGAUAAAAAAGAAGACGCAGAAAUAUCUAUGCAUAUGAACGAGCAAGAUAAAUUAGACGUACCAUCAUUGGUCGAAAUAUGUAAACAACAAUUGAUAGUAAUUUUGAAGGACAUGUGUGCCGAUUCGAAUAGUUCAGAUGAAAAAACUUCGUUUAUGUAUCACCUGAACAGGUUAAGGAGUGCAGUAACCGUUGUAGAUUUGCAUAAUUAUAUUGCCGUUUUCGGCCCAUGUUUAAGUUAUAACAAAUUGCCCUCCACAUGGAACAUAUCCGUAUGUGAUUAUUUAAAGCAGCAGUUGAAUAUACUUCGAGCUGCGGACUCACAACAGAAUUCGAGUAACUACGUGAGCUAUUUAGAAUUACAUAACGAUUAUGAAGAUAUUUUAAAUCACAAGAAAGGAAACACAACGAUGACGUCUAGUAACAGCAUAGAAGGAAAAAUUAAUUCGAAUAAUAUAAACUCGCAUUUGUCCAUGAAAGGUAGUAGCAUACAUAUGAAUUCUGCUAACAGUACGAAUAAUGUGAGCGGAAAUGUAAAUGGAAAUGCUAAUGGACAUAUGAGUAUGAAUACGGAUGGGGGCAAUCUAGGAUCUUUCGCAUUAGGUGAUGAUGAAGAUAAUAAUAUUGUAGAACAUUAUUAUGAGUGUCUCAUGAGGACCAAAUUAUCUGAUGAUUCUCCUAAUUGUGUAAAAUAUAUGAUGAACUCUAAAAAUGAUUCCUUAAGCAAUACGGAAGUGGAAAAUGUGAUAUCGUAUUUGAAAAAGUACGAAGUGAAAGCGAAUAAAAAUUACCUCAGUUUGGAGGAUGAGUUGAAAUAUACCAGAGAUUCAGAUUUUGAAUACCAGGAGGAUUACCUAAAGGAUAAGACUUUGUAUGACUCCGAUUUGGAUGAUAAUAAUUUAUUUGAUAGUAACCUGAUAGGCAGCAGCAGGAACAUGAAUGGAAGCAGUAGCAGCAUGAUGAAUAUGAAUUUGGGCAUUCCGAGUAGCGGAACGGCAAACAACAAUAACAGUAACAAUUUGAGUAACAAGAAUUAUAAUAUGAAAUAUGAUUCUAUGAAGAAAAAUAAUAGCGAUGUUAUGAACACAUGGGCGAGAGCAUGUACGGAGGGACAUCCUGAAUAUCUUCCUAGAAUCCCUGGGGUUCGAUUCAAUCCGAAGAAGCAACAAUGGCUAGCUGCUUGGAAUGAUAACACCAGGGAGAUCAGGAGGUAUUUCUCCGUUAAGCAAUACGGUUUUGAACAAGCCAGAAUUUUAGCCGUGAAAGCUAGACAAGAAGCUGAAAAGGCAGGCGCCAGAUGCAAACCCAUGUUCCAUGUGCAUGGAAGGAAGCCAAUGGAAAACGCGGCAAAUGAUAUGAUGAAGAGUAACAAUGAUAUGAUGAUGGAGGAUGGUAGCAUGGGGAAUAACAAUAUAGGCGGACACAACAACAUGGGAGGAAGUAACGUGGGUGGCAAUAUGGGCAUGAUGAGUAGUAGUGGACACAAUGCGGCCCACGUAGGAAUGAACAUGGCGAUGAACAGUGGAGGCAUGCCUGGAGGAGGCACACACGAACAUAUGAAUAAGAAAGAUUUAUUGAAAAAUGAGAAUAAUAAAGGAAUUAAGAGAGGAAGAGGGAGGCCUCCUAAGAGGAAACUUAGUGAGAAUUCACAACUCUCACUAGACGAUAUGGAACAGACUUUGUGUAGGAAUGGGGGGGAAAACGCAGAAUUGAUGGAAGCCAUGGAUUCGUUUGAUAAGAAUUGUACCAGACCCAUGAAGGGAGUAUCUUACAAUGAUAGGAAGGGUUCUUGGCUAGCUUAUUGGUCCAUAGGGAAGAAUUUCCAAAUGAGAAGAUUCCCCAUAAAAAAGCUAGGGUUCGAAAAGGCAAAGGAGCUAGCCAUUCAGUGCAGAUUAGAAGCAGAACAAGCAGGAGCGACAACGACGGAAAAUAGAAACAAAAGGAUUAGAAACUUGCUAAGUAUGAAUUCGGACAAUACGAUGGAUGUAAUGAUGGACAUGAAUUCUCUAGACCCAGAUGAUAACCUAAAUGAUACGAAUAAAAGCAUGAAUGGAAAUAUGAUGAUGUCGCAGAUGCAUUACUAUAAUGCACAUGGAAUGAACAACAACAAUAAUAUGCACCCAAAUAAAAUGCCACAUAGCGAUUGCCAAGAGAGCGAAAAUGAUUAUUCGCCUACGAAGAGGACAAGGGCACCAAGGGGAAGAAGAAUGGAAAGCCUAACUGCACGUGCUAGUGCUUUGACCCCAGUAGAAGGGGUUCGCUUCGACCCAUAUUCUUAUUCCUGGUUCGCCAAAUAUUUAGAAAAUGAGAAUUCCAAAGAACCCAAAAUCUCCAAAUACCUUUUAAAAAAAUGGGGUUUCAAUAAGGCACACAGUUUGGCUGUGCAUACGGUAAAGUGCGCCUACAAAGCUGUGCCGUUUACAGACGAGGAGCUGAUUAACAUAUUUAAUGUAGACUCGAAAAACCUCGUAAAUAACCAGAACAGCUUGAUGAACUUGGCAUUUAAAGACACGUACGGAAAUACCGCAGGGGCGACUGGAAAUGCCUACAACGACAAGAACUACGGUGCAAUGGGGGUCCCGAGUUCAGCGAAUGACGCGCUUAUGGGAAAUAUGGGGUACAUGAAUGGUGCCAUGGGUAGCAACGUUGGCAUGGACCAUGUGGUGGGCGGCAUGGGUAUGGGCACAGGUGGUGGCGGCAACUUCGCGCAAAAUAUGGACCCAUACAAAGGAGGCGUAAACAAUACGCAUGGCGUCAUGAACAACAUGGGUAACAGCUCCACGCAGAAUAACCCAGAUAUGAGCAACAUGAAUGAUGAGGGAACGGCUGUCGGGAAUGGAAGCAACAGCAACAUACAAAGUAACAUGGACAAUGCGAAAAGUAUGCUAAACAACGUCGACGGCGCAAACAAUAUGAAUGCCGCCAACAAAAUAGACAUGAUGAACAGCUGCACGUAUAACUACAAUAGUGGCGUAAACGACAACGCAGGGGGGGUAGUGGCAGCUGGAGCUAGCCAAAAUAAUUACCACCACGGGGGAUUAUUACCCAACAGCGGAAUCAUUAUCGGUACCAGCUUAGGUGAGAACAAUGUGAACGCCGCAUCAUCCAUGAAACACAAUACAACCAUUGGAGAUGGAGUAAAUAUGUAUAUGAAUGAACAAAUGGGGUUAAAUGCAAACUACAGUGGGAAAGGUUUUCCCUCAGGAGAGGUGUUAGGUGCGUCUUCAACCCUGUUGGACGAUGAAAAUUCAAAGGUGUUAAACAAAGCACACCUAAUGGACAGCAGUAAUGGCGCAGGAAAUAACUGCAGUGAAAAUCUCAUACAGAAUGGUAGUGUAGAUAAUUAUAUGAUGCUUGGCGAGUGCAUGCUAAAUAAUAACAGAGAGGUGGGCACGGCUCAUGUCGGCAACAAGACAAUACGUGGAGGUGGGGGAUCAGCAUGUGGCCAUCACCACAUGGAUGACCCAACUGCAGUGCGACUAAACGACAUGCACAUGAAUGCAGAGAAUGACAUGAACGCCAAUCCAGCAAAUACCCAAUACGGCAUUGCAUCUACGGGUUCUAACAUGAACAUGAAUUCUGAAUCGGUCAUGGAUAAGGGCAUGGUCAACAAUGACAAUAAUAAUAGCGUCCUGGAGGGGCGUGAGGGUAUAGACAGUAGUAGAGUUGUGGACAAUCCCUUGGAGCAAAGGAAGUUUGUAAAUAUUAUGAACGAGUCAGGCAAUAUUGAUAACGGUGUAAACAAUGACAACGGCGCGAAUAGUAGCUAUGCUAAUAAUAGCCCAUAUGGCCCAAACGCAGGUACCAAUUUUAACACGUAUGAUGGUGAAAACGGGGGCACGUCCAAUAUGAUUGGCUCUAAUGCAAAUGAGCUUAACGAGUCCUCCAUGUAUUACAUGAAUGUGAAGCCGGAGAUAAAGACCGAACAGUGA